GCUUUGUUAUAGCUUGCAAUAAGUCCGAUAAAAGUACCCCACAACAAUGGCGACCAUGGACGUAGAUUUGACUGAAAGCCGAUCCUCAGAGAUCAUAGUCACAUCAUGUGUAUGCACUGGAAUUGCUAUCAUCACGGUAGCCCUGAAGCUGUUUACGCGCGUACGAAUCCUCAAGAAAAUGGGCUGGGAUGACUUCUUUAUUUUCUUAGCCUUGGCCUUUAGCAUUAUAGCAGCCGCCUUCGCAUCGUAUUCAGCCUACCUAGGUGUAGGCAGACACACGAUCGCUGUCCUCAGCGAACCGGGCGGCCAGGAACGGGCCAUUGAAGCCGCGAAGUAUCAGAUGAUCGGAUACCGGUCUUUCAGUUUUCCAAACAUAUCUAUCGCUAUUCUCGUUAACAACCUUCUCGACCCAAACCUGUGGCGAACCCGAUGCCUCUUCGCCAUGGCAAUUCUCCAGGUCAUCUUCGCCUUCGUCUCUGUCAUAAUCGUUUUCGUGAUGUGCAGUCCACUGGAAAAGCUAUGGAACACAUCACUGCCAGGCCAUUGCUGGAGCCCGAAUGUCAUGAAUGACUUUUCGUAUUGGCUUAGUGCAUGGACAACACUGACCGACAUUGUCUUGGCUGUAGUUCCUAUCGUGGCCUUUUGGAAGUUGCAGAUGAGGCUUUCAACCAAGCUCGGUAUAUGUAUCAUGAUGGGGUUGACCCUGUUGUCUGCUGCCAUCACAGUUGUCAAGGCAGUAUACCUGCGCCUGCUUUUUGACCAGACCGAUCCUUUCUACAACCUAACCACUUUGAUUUUAUGGGGACUUAUCGAGCAAAACGUCGUUAUAGUCGCUGCCUGCAUCCCUACCCUCCGACCAUUUUUCUACCGGGCAUUCCAAGAAGAAAACGCCACCAACGAGAGUCAUCCGCGCAUGAGCUCGAAACCGACCAGCAAGUCAUUCCUCGGAGGGAGAAGUCACCAAAGUGAGGAAAGGUCGGCAUCAGAAAUGGGCUUAGACGACUUGCGACACGAUUAUGCGGAAUUCAAUGACUCACAGCAGGAGCGAUGCGAGUCUCAGCAGGGCAUAUUGCGGACAGUGGCUGUGUUCAUGGAGUGGGACAAGGAGCACGAGGCAGGCAUGAUACCCAAAACGGAUCCCCGCGUGGUGCCAACGUCUUUGCUGGAGGGAAAAGGAAACGCGUAA